AUGAACAACCCAAAUAAGCCUACCCGAGCACAAGAGCACCAAAAGAGCAAUAGGCAACUGCUCCCCAGGAAGUCCCUCAAAGCCGGACAUGAAGAGGCUCAGCAUCAAUAUUCGCCACUCGAUAUCUCCGACCUUCCUAGGGCAGCAUUGACAGCCGUCGCAUGCAACAACUGUCGCCUUAGAAAGUCAAAGUGUGACGGCCAUAAGCCAACAUGUUCUGCAUGCGCGAGUCGGCGGCAAAAAUGUACAUACCGGGCCGAGGUUACACAGGAAAAGAUGCUCGAGCUCCGGCAAGGCUCCAGAGACCUUUUCCAGGCGCUCGAGCUGUUGAGGACUACACCAGAGGAGAACGUCGCUGCGAUGCUGCAAGAUUUGCGCAGUAGAGGCUCUGUGCCUGACUUCCUACGGUCCGUCGACUCAGGUACAGUAGGGGCUUCAUCGCCAUUGAACCCAUUAACUACCAGUCUAGCAGGAACUCUGGCCAGCUCUGCACUGGAGGUGGAUCUCAAUAUGCGCUACUCAAACGCGUUUCCUGCUAUAGAAAACCUCACAAUUACGGAUGUAGAUCUCGGACUGUUGGCUAAUGACAAGCGCAACCCAAAACUACUAACCUCGCCGGAACCAACCUCAAUAUCGCCCUUCUCUCCUUUGGACUUUUCGGGACGACAACCCGCAACACCGACAUCUUCCGAAUCCUUCUCGACACCCAGUGACACCACCACAGAUUCAUCCCAGCACUCAUAUAUUGAUCAUCGACUGGAGGGUCUUCAAAUACGGCAAUGGACCUCAGUUCCCAUUCCUGAAACUCUAGCAGAACAGACGAUCUCUUUCUAUCUCUCCAACGAGCAUCCUCUACUUGCAUUCUUUGACGCCAAUUUAUUCAUCAGAGAUCUUGUAUCAGGCGGAGGACGGUUCUGCUCACCUGUCCUUGUCAGUUCUUUACUUGCUUGGUCUUGCGCCUCUUAUUCACAGUUCGAACCAAGGGCACAGCCGCUUUCGUUUGCCUUUCUCAAGGAGGCAAAGAAGCGUUGGCGGGAUCUGCCGGACUUCAACUGUGUCACAACCCUCACUUCUGCCAUGUUCUUGACCUUGACAUGCAACCAACACGGACAAGACCGUGUCGGGCUGUUUUAUCUUGAUGCAAGUGCAGAAAUUGGCCGUCGGCUUGGUCUGUUUGGCGACAAGAAUGCAAAUAUGGCUGGAGUGGACGAUGACGAGGAGUUGAAGUCUGCGGCUUCGUAUGCUGCCUGGGGAUCGUUUGGCUGGCAUAGUCUACACUCAGUCAACUUCCGAACAAAACAUCGGAUACUGCAUCCGCCACCUUUACCGAUACCAGGAGAUGUAUCUGGACCACCCCUUAUUGAUCACAUGGGAAGCACUUUCACAUGGAUAUGCAAAUUCUGGUUGAUCACACACAAGAUAUUUGGAGAGGGCUUCAACAGCUUCAGCCGUAUGCCCGUGUCCUACGCACAUCAGAUGUACCAAUUGUUGCUCGACUGGGCCGCCGCCCUACCAGAUGAAGUUAAAAGGAGUGACACAUGCCCACAUCAUGUUUUAGUGUUACAUAUCUGGUACCAUACGUCAAUUAUAGAUAUUUGGCGACCCUUCCUAGAGAACCACCAAGAGGAAGAAAUGCUACAGAGUUCAGUUGCCAAAGCUGCGCAUACAGCGUCGAUACAGCAACUGAAACGCCUUUCAUACAUUUACCGUACCCGGUUUGAGUCAACAAACAUGACCAUGUUUAUUACGCCCGGUUUCCUUACUUUGAUCAACGAUGUCUUUCGCAACCCCGAGGCAUCAGAUGCCCAAUUCUGGUUCAUUCUGGCGACCCGUGGUUGUCUAUCUAUUGCAUCAUGGUGCAAAGGCCUCCGCGGCAUUACAGAAGGUCUCAUGACCAUUGGAUGGCAAAAUGGGACUUUCAGGCGUCAAGGUUGGGCGGGAAACAGCAUAAUUGAGGAUGUUCACUCUGCAACAAGAGCUCUGGUACAGGACGGCGCUUACAGUAGUCUUUAUCCCAUCAGCCUGGAUUCAGUAAGCGAGGAUAUGGAAGACAUAGGAAUGGAAGCUCUGGCGAGAGAAUUCCAGCGGUUAACUGCACAACAUGAACCGCGUGGGAAGGAGGUCGAGAUGACAACUGAGCAACCCGUCUGGAAGGGAGAUCCUCGAGACUUGUCGAUGACGUUGAGUGAAGCAACUGAGGAAGAAGAGUACAAGUAA